CUCACUCACACGUAUUCUAGUGCAGAUGGACGUAUAAGAAAAUAUGAAUACGGAAUCAGAUCUAAUGUACAAGAGAAAACGAUUUUAUUGGUAGGCGCAACCAGGUUCAGGGAAAACUACGUUUAUCAAUUCAAUGGUAAACUACUUGUUUGGAGUUCAGUUUGAAAGUGAUUCGCGUUUGAAACUUAUACAGGAAGCUAUGAAUGCAAAUCAAGCAGAAAGCCAAACCAAGACCAUCACCUCUUACACAAUUCACAAGGGUCUUGGUUCAAAAAUACCAUUCACGUUAACCAUUAUCGACACUCCGGGGUUUGGCGAUACGGGUGGUUUUAAGAGGGACGAAGAAAUAAUGGGAUUGAUACGUACGUUCUUUACUUCCCAUAUUGGUAUUGAUCACAUCGAUGCCAUCGGAUUCGUAUCACAGUCGUCUCUACCCAGACUCACACCGACCCAGAGAUAUAUAUUCGAUAAGAUUUUGUCACUUUUCGGGAAAGAUAUUGAACAAAAUAUUAUGAUGUUGCUAACGUUCGCAGAUGAAAAUGAACCUCAAGUACUAAGUGGAAUAAAAGAAGCCAAAUUCCACUACAGCCAUGCGUUCAAAUUCAAUAACUCGGUUAUUUACGAGAAGAAACAGACGGCAGACGACAAACUGAGUCGAAGAAAAGCAGCAGCCAAUCUACUCGCUUAUGAAAUGGGAGAGGAGAAUUUUCAGGAGUUCAUCGAGGCUGUGAUGACCUACCAAACUAGAAGUCUCACUCUUACUAAAGAGGUACUAAUCGAAAGGAAGCACUUGGAAGAUCGAAUCAUAUUCAUUCAAAAGGGAAUACGAAUCGGUGUUGGGAAAAUAGAUCAACUUAACAGAGAGAUGUAUGCGAUUUUAAAAAUACAAGGGGAAAUAGAGCAGUACAAAGGAUUCGAAAUAAGGUCAACGAUAGACGUGAAUGAAAAGCACAGCAGAAAUUACAAUUCAUACAGCUGCAAUGAAUGCGAGAAAACCUGUCAAUCAGAUACAUAUGCCUUCAUCGAGGGCAUUAAAACUCUUCUAUCCAAACUUAAUAUUGUAUCCGAUGAGUGUAACAUAUGUGGUUGCAAAAGGUCGAAACACGAAGUUGAUAAAUAUGAAUGGGUUGUAGUAACAAAAGAAGUAGUCAAAACGCUCGAAGAAAUAAAGAAAAAAUACGACGAGGGUGUCGAGGGAAAAAUUACGAAAGAAAGACUUAUUGCUAAGAUGGAAGCUGACGUUGAAGAGCUCAAGCGCAAAAUAGUUCAAUCGAUAAAUGAUGUUCGAAGAAUAAAAGCACGUCUUGAGCAAAUCGCACUCAAGCCGAAUCCAUUGUCGUCGUCUGACUAUAUUGACUUGCUUAUAGCAACCGAAAAGAGUACUGCAAGUCACGGUUAUAUUCAAAGGGUUGCCGAACUCGAGAAAAUCAAAGUCCGUGCCGACUUAUUACACAAAGUGACAUCUACUAAAGAUGUUCCCGAUUUGAUGACGAAAGACUAGAAUUCAAACUAAAAGCAAAAGUAAUAGCAAGUUGCUAAUAUAGCAGUUAUUCAGAGCUCUAGAAUAUCACAAUAGAAAUGAAUUUUUCGUAUAGCUGCAAAAGACUAUAAUUUUACUUUAGAAUAAAAUCGCUGUGUUCUUUAAUGCAAAAUAUGCAUUUCAAGAGCGUAAAAUGCAUUUCAUUAAGUGCACAUAAGUCAAAUGUAAAAAAAUGCACAAAAAUAUUAUGAUGAAAUAAACAUAUCCAAUUACCGAGUUAUUUUAUAUCGAAACAUACAAUACAGUACAACACAAUACAAUCCGUUACAAUAUAAUACAAUACAAUACAUUUGAUAGCUUUACAUACAUAUAUUUUGAAUAGAAUAUUUGAAUAACAUAGUCACCGACAUAAUCAUGC